GUAUACGUCUUGCUGAGUGGCGCCUUGGUACGACCGCUGGCGGUGUCCCGGGAGUCUCGCCGGAACCUGCAGCAGGCUCUGCUACUGUUGCUUCAGCGGAUGCUGCCAGACCAGGCCUCAGAUGUGGCCAUGGGAUUUCAGCUUCCCGAAAUCGAGGCCCAGGAGGCAGCGGAGCUAGCUAGACUGGUGUCUGCGCUGAUGGCGGCUGAGAUGUCUGAAGCAGAGCACGUUGCAGAGUCAGACCCAAGCUCUCAAAGCGGACCGGGUGUUUCGCUGCCACUGCUUUGUGCGCUGAUGACGCGAGUGCCGGCUCGACAGUUACCCAGUGUGUUUUCUGGGCCGCUCUGGCGCCAACUUUCGGAGCUCAUACAAGCAGGGCCACAAGCUAUGUCAGACUCUAGCUUGAGACAUCUGCAAGGUGCUGCUUUGGCAGGGAUCCUUUGCCAGUCGCCCGAAUCUGCGAGUGCCUUCUUCGAAGCUGGAGGGCUGUCUGCUGUGCUGCGGCCAGAAAUGCUACAAGGCCAUAGGAUGAGAUUGGCUCCGACGGGACUGCAUGCGCUGGACACUAUUCACCCCGCCGCCCUGGUGUGUGUCCUACAGGUUCUGGUGGCAGUUUUGGGCGUACUGCCGACGCACAACCUGGUGCUUCAGAGUGCGUUGCAGUGGUUGGAGAGGAAUCUGCAGCCUUUGCUUGACGUGACGCAAUGGGUGACGCGGCUGCCUAUCUCGACAUCCUCCGAACCCAGGGCGCGGUCAUCCGGUGGCAUGACGCCCAACACAGUUGUCGCAGCCCUUGCUGCGCGAACUGGCAGAAGUGCUGGCAGGGAAGGGCCGGAUGCCAUGUUAGUUGUGUGUAGGUCUCCAACUGCUCCGAGUCCGGUGAACGAUCUCUGCAUAGAUGGGCUCGCACUUUGGCUGAGCGGACGCUCCUCGAUGAGCGGCAGCAGCACGGCUGCCAGUGCGGACGCAGAAAAGCACUCUGACAGCAUCGCGCUCUGCCACAGAUGCGUUGCCUUGUUCGUGGAACUGUGGUCCCUCGUUCACAUCUCAGCUGCACGGAGAAGGAGAUAUGCUGCAGGGAAGGCUGACAUGUACCAGGCCCAGUUGCAGAAGUUGGAGCCAAUGAUCCAUGCUUCCUUGCCCGGUUUGCUGACGCAAGUUGCGAGCGCUUCUGUUCCAGACGCAGACGCGAUGACAGACACGAAUAACAACGCCUUGCUGCUUGAGGCUCUGCGGCCCGCAGAAUCGACUCAGCAUAGAAUCAUCUCCAACAUUCUGCAGGUUUGGAGGUACGACAGCAUCACCCAGCACAUCAAGACGCUGGCCAACAAAAAUCCCCAGGCAACGCAGUCUGACAUGCAGAGUGCAUGGUCGCUGUGGCAGCAAGGGCCCUUUCAGUUGCAAGCCUCUGCCUCGAAUCAAGGCGGUGAGACGUCCCAAUCUGUCAUUGCGCAGGUGAAGGGCCGCUCCAGCGUCUUGUGCGCAGUCUUUGUGCAUGCUUGCUGUAACCUGAUGAGCCUCAGACUGGCAGAUGCGCUUCCCACGCGCAGCGACGGAGACAGCCUAGAGCCAACAGUUGAUGGGCAAGGGGGGCAUGGAGAGCAGCUGCACUUUGAUGGUAUGCCUGCUACUUUCUCACAGCUGCUUUACAUUGUCGAGGUCUCUUUGCAUCUGCUCUGCUUGCAUCUCAUGCUGUUAACGACAGCGGCUGACCUUGACGGAGCCCCUGCAGCGCCGGCGCAGUCUCCUGUAACACCAGGGCCACGAUUGGCCAUAGUCGGGCAGUACCUGCGAUUGCUCAUCGAGUUUGCUGCCGCCUCGGGAGGAGCUGUGGCGCUCGUUGCAAGGUGCAACGAUGCAGCAUUCUCGCCUGUUUUCUAUGCUGCCUCCAGGUCUUGCUGCAUUUUGGCAGGGGGAGGCAUCAUGACCUAUGCAGCUGAAGCAAUGCAACCAGGGACAACGCAAGCCUCCUCCUUGCCCUUCUCAAAGAACUCAGAGGCUCAGCCAAUGGAAGGCAUUACGGAGCAAGGGCACUUCCCCGCCCACAAAGUGGCCUUCUACGAGCUUCUCUUGCGGCAGCUGCAGGAUGACGGUUUCGAGGCAGAGGUCCAGGCCCUCACAUCUCAGCUUCGCCUACAUCCGAACAGUCGGGUGGACAAGGACGCUCUGCUGGACGUCUACGCGAAAAGCAUGAAGUGGGCCUUCGGUGACGAGCCGCAGGGGGAGUGGCAACCUUUGCACUGCACGCCGGUGCCUCCGCUGGGUCCACAGGAGAAAGUUCUGGACCUAGAAGGCGUGCAGCUUCCUGCCGCUGGUGCACCCCAAGUGCCAGACACUACCAAGAAGCCUCCGGAAGUUAGGCUGCUGUAUACGGCUUCGCACAAGUCGCAUUGUCGGUCUGUAGCUUUCUCGACGGAUGGACGCUUUUGCGCCACCGGAUGCAGUGACGGCAGCAUCAAGAUCUUGGAUACUGCCAAGAUGCGAGUCUGUGCCGCCAGCACGGAGGGACCUGUCGGCCGGAUGCGUGUAACCGAAGAGGAGCUUAUGAAGCCGAUCGUGCGCACUCUCCAGGAUCACAUCCAGGGCGUUACAUGCUUAGCCUUCCAUCCGACCAAUCCGACCUUGUUCUCGGGAUCGCUGGACAAGGCAGUCAAGAUCUUCGACCUGACAAGACCGCCGGGCCACAAGAAGGCAUUCUCCGUCCUACAGGACGUGCAUGCUGUGAACAGCAUUUGCAUCCAUCCGUGCGGCGACUUUCUGUUCGUAGGAACUUCGCACCAGGCCGUUCGGCUCUACGACCUGCAGACGCUGAGUUGCUUCACGACAACUCGGCAAGACCAGCAUCAUACAGCAGGAAUCUAUGAUGUGCGGUGCACGAGUGAUGGCAAAGUGUUGGCGUCUGCUUCUGCUGAUGGUGGCAUCAAAUUGUGGGACGCAGUCACCAACAACAUGAUCAACACGCUUCCAAAGGCUCACAGCGGAUCGGCUGUUUGCUCGGUUCGCUGGAGCCGCGGCCUCCGCUACCUGCUUAGCUGCGGCCAGGAUGGGAGGCAGCGACUUUGGGAUGUGCGCAUGGGUCGAGAGGUGUUCUGCAUGGGAUUUGGAGCCCGAACUGCGGACUACGGCACUGCCGUCUUCUUGAACGGCGAGAGGUAUAUCGCGGCAUGCAACAGCAAUGUCAGACUGAGCGACGUCAGCCUCUUUGACGCCACUACAGGUACACCUGUGUUUAUGAAGCUGGGCACGCACAACAGCCCGGUUUAUGCUAUUGAGGCUUCGCCUGUUGACAGGACGCUCAUGACGGGGUGCGAUGAUGAGAAAGCGAGAUAUUUCAGCUUCGAGGAGCGCGUGUGA